AUGGAUCGUCGGAGAACCAUCGGGAUAUUAACGUAUGCCUUCUUCGCUGCUACGUGGCGCCAUGUUCAAGCCGCUUGUAAUGAACCCCAACCCGUUUCUGGUACCCGUCACAACGGGACUCUUGCGAUCUACAGCCCAGGCGAUGUUCUUAUUUUUACCUGUGACACCGGCUACAAAGCAAACUACAACCCACCUACUAUUACCUGUAUCGACAUCAGCAAUGACAUACGUUGGAAUCCACCCAGUGUUUCGUGUGAUUUAGACGUUGUAUCCCUCGUUAUCGCCAUCGUCGUCGCAUUGGUUGGAAUCAUCGUCUUCGUCCUUGCCAUCAUUUGGUUGAGGAAAAGAAGGGCGGAGAGGGACUCGAGGCGUAUCCGCAAGAAGAGGGCCAGCUCCAACAAAUACGGCAACUAUGAACCCCGAGGUUCGACCAGGGAUGGUAACGUCAAUCACGGCAUGACUGAAAUCGAGAUGGAUAGCAUGGGUAUACCGAUGGGGGCCAACGGGAGCACGAUGUCGAGGAACGGUACCAAUGGGCACGGUCCGAAUGGUCUUCUUUGGAGUCCGCCAUCAGCUCGAGGACAAGUCACCAAGGAGGAAGAAUUCGCCGUUCUUCAGCGAAGCCGCAAGUCAUCGGCCACCUCGCAGUCAAGCCGUACCGACAACAUGCCCACCAAGACACCCAGCGGCGUUCAUCUCAACCCCAACAUCGGCGACGUCGAAUUUGGCGCGCAGAAUGCGAGCACAUACAACUUCAAGGACAUUGGAUCGGCAAUGAACGCCAUGGCGCCACCGACGCUGAUUGCAAACUCCAUGGAGAUGUCGCUCCCAAUGCCCGAUUCGAUCUCCCCGAGAUCAACAGAUGAGAAUGAAGAUACGGAAGACGACUUCAACGGCCUCUACGCGGCUGUCGACAAGUCAAGGAAGACACAUGAUAACAACUCAAACGGCAGCGUGAAGGUCGAGGCGAUGAUCGAGGAUGACGGGUACUCGGCGGUCGGUUCGUCCGGUAAUUUCACGGCUCAUGAAGAGGCAAUUUCGGAUGAUCCGUACUCGGAGGUCAAGAGGAAUGAUUUAGACGAAGAGGAUGACUAUGCCGUUGUAAAACGCGUUGAGGAAACACCAGAAGAUGUUCCCGAGGAAAAUGAUUUUGAUGGCCUGUACGCCAAGGUUCAGAAGUAAACAAACAAACAAACGUGGAUUUCAAACGACUGCUGAGACGUUCCACAAAAAUGACGAUCAAACUGUCUCAUUGGAGACGCAGAAAACAUGGUUAUAUUCGGGUUAUUGCUCGGGUUUUUUUUUACAUUGUGAGCGUUUGUUCCACAACAAUCUCGAUUAAAUACGUCAAUAUACAUUAUAUUCCGGAUAUUUACUGAAAAAAUACUGUUUAAACAGAAAUUAUGAAACAGUUCCAGCGUGGAUUAUUAAAUAAAGACUAUGCAUUUAGUGAAUUAAUUUUCUGUACAUGGUUGUGUCAAAGAACAUUUUAUAUAUUUCUAAAGCAUUUAUAAAGCAAGUAUUGUUUAUGCAUUGAAUAUGUUUAUACUAUAGUAUAUGAUAGAGUGAUCCGAAUAAUGAUGUAUUUUGUACAUGUCUGUGUGUCGUUGCCGAUUAUGUUCUGUGACGUUUAUGAAGGAGAAAUUUCGUGAUUUUGCGUGAUUAUGACUAGCGAAUUAGUUUGUUUUCCUAUAUCUUUCAGCUGAAAUAUUCAAAUCAAGUAGCCAUCAAGUUUAGUAAUUCAUAUGUACAUGCAUCCUCUUUAAUGAAAUAUAAUCUUUUAAAAAUAAAGAUGAUGAUUAUGAUGAUGUUGAUAACAGUGAUACGUUGAUGAUAAAGAAUAAUAACUAUAUCAAAACUAUUCUCUAUUACAUGUAUGUAAAAUAAUAAAAGAAUAAUGCUUAGGAUAUGCUACACAAUAGAUAAUUGAAAUACACUAAAAAGUAACAAAAAAUAUAUAUGCAGUGUUUGUAAUGAUUACCGGAAUUUUCCCGUUUAUGUCUUUCGUUAUGAGGUAAUAGUGGUGAAUGUAGAUACAUGUGCUUAUUUCUGUAAUAUACAUAAUUGCAAUUAGAAACGUACGAUAGCUAUCAAACCCUUUCAGAGACAUUUUUUAAUUAUCAAAGAUCUGUGAUUUUUUUUAUAUCUUAAAUGGAGGUGAAGCAGGUUUAUUAUAUUCCCAUUGGAUUCGAGAGAUUAUAUUGUUGUAAUUUUGUUUUCAUCUUGCUGGCACGAUGUGGUUUUUCUCGGGGGGGGGGGUACGACAAGUAUAAAACCAUGAACGUUCUUUAUCAGAAUAUUUUGUUCAAAGUAUCGACCAAGCAAAAUCCAUCCAGACAACAAGUCGCGGUCUGAACCAAUGCGGAAAGAAGAAAAAACACGCACUCUCAGAAUUCUUUUUAGCCAACUUAUAUAAGUACCAGACUUCCAGCCAACUGUUGAUUAAGAAAUACCCUAAUUCAUUGGGCAUAAAAUUUUGUUUUAAUCAACAGUUGACCUGUUCAUAUUUGAACCAACUGUUGGUCAAACAAAUCCUGACAGUGUGAAUGUUGAAUGCUAAUUUGAUUUGAUAUGCAAUAAAAGAUUUGGACCCGUCUUAUAAAGGGGUCUUAUUAAUUUCGAGUACGAAAAACCAGUGACAAAAUCACCUAGAAUACAAAUGUCAUGUCAAAUCAUGUUAGCUAUUAUCAUGACAAACAUUCAAAAGUUGUCAUAAUUGCGGUCCAUCAGCGUGAUCCUCUUGCGGGGGUAUGCAGAUACCCUUACAACGAAUUCUGGCUUUGUUGGCUUGCCAUAGCAAGGCUGAUUAAAAAAUACAGGUCCAGAUAUGCAUGAGAGGAAUAUUUGCAAAUCUGCCGUCCUUUGUAUUAUCCUAGGCCGCUCUGCUGUAUAGUAAUCAAACUAUUGCCCAUUAUCUUGCAAACCAAAGCAAUGUUUACCCUUAUUGUCAUGGUCUGGUAAAAUAUGAAAAUCCCAAGUUAUACUAUGCUGUCAAUGUCAGGUGCAUCGAUUUUGGUCUGAGGAGUGUUUCAUAAAAAAAAGUUCUAUCAGUGAUUUUAAUCGACAGAUGUUAUAAGCUAAUGUAAAAUCCUCGCAUCUGAUUCUUCCUCUUUGUCUGCUUUGGCUUGCAAUCGGUCAGAAAUGACUAUUUUUAAAAUUGGACUAUAGCAAAUUAGUAUUUUACAAUUCAUGAAAAGCUCCAAUGAUUAAGCUGUUUGUUUGAGGAUGCACAAUGUAAAUCCCAAACUUGUAAAUGUCUUCCAUUUAGAUCAAAGAUUUUGUUUAUUUCUUUAUGGCUUAUGCAUGUGGCAGCCAAUACAGACUUUUGAGGUAUAGGCCUAUUGUACAAUUUUACAUACCAUGUGUAAAAUAUAUACUUAUGUUCAUACAUAUCUGUGAUAUUUUAAAGUUUCGUAUUCUUUCGCCUCUCAAUCUCUUCUCGUUUCCACUCUUCAACAUAUAUAAAAAUGUUACAAGGUGCUAUCAUUGCAGGCAUCAUUUAUAAUCAUUAAAAAAAUGAACCAA